AUGGCUCGGCGCGGCUGGCGGCGGGCACCUCUUCGCCGCGGCGUUGGCGGCAGCCUCCGGGCUCGCCAGUUCGUGCGACCCGUCUGGUUGCUCCUCUUAGUGGGCGUCUUUGACUGGGCAGGAGCGUCGGACGGCGCUGGCGGAGCGGCGAGAGCCAUGGACGAGGAGAUCGUGUCAGAGAAGCAAGCCGAAGAGAGCCACCGGCAGGACAGCGCCAAUUUGCUCAUCUUCAUCUUGCUGCUCACCCUCACCAUUCUCACGAUCUGGCUCUUCAAGCACCGCCGGGCCCGCUUCCUGCACGAAACCGGCCUGGCUAUGAUUUAUGGUCUUUUGGUGGGCCUUGUUCUUCGGUAUGGCAUUCAUGUUCCAAGUGAUGUAAAUAAUGUGACCCUGAGCUGUGAAGUGCAGUCAAGUCCAACUACCUUAUUGGUAAACGUUAGUGGAAAAUUUUAUGAGUAUACGCUGAAAGGAGAGAUUAGUUCCCAUGAACUAAAUAACGUUCAAGAUAAUGAAAUGCUUAGAAAGGUUACUUUUGAUCCGGAAGUAUUUUUCAACAUAUUACUUCCUCCAAUUAUAUUCUAUGCAGGGUAUAGCCUGAAAAGGAGACAUUUCUUUCGAAACCUUGGGUCUAUCCUAGCAUAUGCUUUUCUUGGAACAGCAAUUUCUUGUUUUGUUAUUGGGUCAAUAAUGUAUGGCUGUGUAACACUGAUGAAGGUCACUGGACAACUUGCAGGAGAUUUCUACUUUACAGAUUGCCUGCUGUUUGGUGCCAUUGUAUCAGCAACUGAUCCAGUGACUGUUCUUGCCAUAUUCCAUGAGCUUCAAGUUGAUGUUGAACUCUACGCACUUCUUUUUGGUGAAAGUGUCCUCAAUGAUGCUGUUGCCAUAGUGCUAUCCUCCUCAAUAGUGGCAUACCAGCCAGCUGGAGAUAACAGUCACACCUUUGAUGUCACAGCCAUGUUCAAGUCGAUUGGAAUUUUCCUUGGGAUCUUCAGUGGAUCUUUUGCUAUGGGCGCUGCUACAGGAGUGGUGACAGCUUUAGUGACAAAGUUCACCAAAUUACGGGAGUUCCAAUUGUUGGAAACAGGCCUAUUUUUCUUGAUGUCCUGGAGUACCUUUCUCUUGGCUGAAGCAUGGGGUUUUACAGGUGUGGUCGCAGUAUUAUUUUGUGGCAUCACACAAGCACACUAUACAUAUAAUAAUUUGUCCACGGAGUCUCAGCAUAGAACUAAACAGUUGUUUGAGCUUCUCAAUUUCUUGGCAGAGAAUUUCAUCUUCUCCUACAUGGGGCUGACACUAUUCACCUUCCAGAACCAUGUCUUUAACCCAACAUUUGUAGUAGGAGCAUUUAUUGCUAUUUUCUUGGGAAGAGCUGCAAAUAUUUAUCCCUUGUCCCUCUUACUCAAUUUGGGUAGAAGAAGUAAGAUUGGAUCAAAUUUUCAACAUAUGAUGAUGUUUGCUGGCCUUCGAGGUGCAAUGGCAUUUGCCUUGGCCAUUCGAGAUACUGCUACUUAUGCACGGCAAAUGAUGUUCAGCACCACACUUUUGAUUGUGUUUUUUACUGUUUGGGUGUUUGGUGGUGGCACAACUGCAAUGCUGUCAUGCUUGCAUAUAAGGGUUGGUGUUGAUUCAGACCAAGAACAUUUGGGUCUUCCUGAAAAUGAAAGGAGAACUACAAAAGCAGAGAGCGCUUGGCUCUUCCGGCUGUGGUACAACUUCGAUCACAACUAUCUGAAGCCUCUGCUGACUCACAGUGGGCCUCCUCUGACGACAACACUUCCUGCCUGCUGUGGCCCCAUCGCCAGGUGCCUAACCAGCCCCCAGGCUUACGAAAACCAGGAACAAUUGAAAGAUGAUGAUUCUGAUCUCAUUCUCAAUGAUGGCGAUAUCAGUUUGACAUACGGGGAUUCGACUGUGAACACUGAAUCAGCAACAUCCAGCGCCCCUCGGAGAUUUAUGGGAAAUAGUUCUGAGGAUGCCUUGGAUAGGGAGCUUGCAUUUGGAGACCACGAACUGGUCAUUCGAGGAACACGCCUGGUUCUCCCCAUGGAUGAUUCUGAACCCCCAUUAAAUUUGUUAGAUAAUACGAGACACGGUCCAGCCUAAGCUUAUUAAUACUCACUUAGUGAUUUGUCAAAUUUGCACAUGUGAUUGUGAAGAAAUCUGUACUACCUAAAAGUCCCAGUGCAUGUCUCUGAAUGUUAAGCUAUAUAAAUGCUAUUUAUAUGGCAUAGAAAGAAUAUAAAUAUCAUGUACAAGGCAGAUUGUGAACCAACUAUUCUUUUUUAAGUUUUACUGGCUGCACUAUGUAGAGUGGGUCUGUUUUAGAAAGUUACUUCCACAGUGAUGUUGUGUGUUCUGUUAGCUUUAUGUCUCAGUUAAAGUAUAAAAAGUGACGGAUUUUCUCUUUCUUAUAUUUACCUGACACUUAACCCGAGUACCAAGUUGUCGUGAUGUGAAUUAAUUUUACUUUUUGUGGUAGGGGAGGGAAGAGGGAAGAGGGAUUAGGGAUUGUUAUUUCCUUGGGAACCCUGGGAGGAGAGGUUCCUUUGUUGGGAAACUUUUGUUGAUUGCUGCUGCCUUUGUCCUGACCUUUUUCUUUCCCUUUUCUGUGGUGGCCCAUUGUGGUGCAAGGAGCUGAUGGCAUUUUGAUCUUGCCCAUUCAGGUUGGGGAGUGAAGUGCAGGGGCCCUUUUUCCCCCUUGCUGUGAAAGAAAAGCUUCAUUGACUACAGUAUACUGCUGUUCAGAAAAGAAGGUUGCAAAUGAUUUCCAAGACCUUGUUUCUUUUCUUCCAGACCAGGACCACAGAAGGAGUCGCAUCUAGCCAGCUUAGCCAAAGUACAGUUGUAUAUAGUUCCAGGCACUUCAUUGAGAUUUGAGGGAGCUGGGGCGGGCAGAGAGGGCAGAGGGCAAGAAAGGGGUAAAGUGAAUGGUGGUUUCGGAGAUCUCUCUUCCCGAAUAUGUACAUAUUCUAUACCAGAUAAGUUUAAAUAAGAAAUUUAAUUGCUGCUUACUUUUUGAUUAUGUACCUUAUCUGUAUAGCAAGCUUUGUCGUCAGACAUUUUUAUAUCAUUUUCAAUUGCUGCUCUUUAGCAGCCAAACAGGAGCAAAAUGUAAAAUUUUUGAACUUACUGUGUCUAAUUGUCAUUUGUUAGUCUGUAGUUGAUGUUAAAAAUUAAUUUAUGAUCGUUCCACACUACACCAAAUUUGGCUGGAAGAGAAACAGAAUGCUCCACAGCGCUUAUUUUAAAGUGGCUCCUUGGUGUGCAGCAGGUGUAGUCUUCAUUUUCAUGUUACUUUUUAAUAUUCAAUACCUAAGCUGCCAUGUUUUUUUUACAGUUUUCAAGGAAGAGCACAGAACAAUUUCUCAUUUCAUAUUUGGAGUAUGAAAGUGGAUUCUAUUUUAUAAUGUUGACAAUACCUAAAGAUGCAGUGAAUGCUGGGAAGGGGAAUACUUUUUGAUGUUGAUCCUGACCUGUUAAUGUUUCAGAAGAAAAAUAGAAACUCUUUUGGAUUUUUUUCCUCAGGUGUGAGUAGCAUUGCCUUAAAUCUUACCCAAUCAGAAAAUUGCUUGAUUUACCUGAUGUUCAAAUUUUCCAGUGAAAAAUAUCCUUCUAAACAAAGCAUGUACUUACUCUGAAAAAGGUAUCUGUGCUGUUGCAAACACUCCUUGAUAUUUUAAGGGAAUGUCAACGUUGUACCCUUUAGUGGCAGCUUUGACUGUUGGCAUAGCCAUUUGUUAUGUAGUGGUAGCGACUUUCCUGCUAUGCAGGAAUCCCUCCCGUGAAGUGUACGUUUUAUAUGAUGUGUGCCUCCUCACGCCGUAAAUAAUUUCGCGUUAAUGUAUGUUUGAGGGAUUUGAAUGUCAAUAUCAUUUACUCACGAAGUUAUUCAAGUUGUAAAAGGUUAUACAGUAAUUUAACAACUACCUUUUUUAUUCUAUCAGGUUACUGAGCUCACUUUAUGUAAAUAUUCAGCAUGACAAAUUCAGUAACUCGUCUAUUUCAGCAUGCAUAAGACUUUUCAUUAGGGAAACUGAUAAAGCUUGAGUCAACUAAAUCUGCCUUCGUACUUUAUCAAAGGGGAACCAAGCCUGCUGUGCUUACAUCAGCAUCUGGAAGAUUUUUCUCUCCUCUAAUCUGUGUACACAUCUCCAAGCAAAGAAGAGAAAACACACUCUGCUCAGACGUCUGUUGGUUUUAGACACCUGAAUGAAUUUUGAUGAAGGAUAGUCUUGAGUUACCACCAUACAUACACAAGUAGAACUACUCUUGGACUUGUUCGUCUAUUGUUUGUGGAACCUACACGUUUGAAUGACUUGAACGUUGCAUCUUUUAAAGUUAUUUUUUAAGGUUUCUUGGCAUUUAUCCUAGUUGUCCGUGUUUGCCAAUGUGCUGUUAAAGUAAUAGACUUUUAAUCUUUAUGUAUUUUUUGUUUUCCUUUGGACAGAUGUUAUAGUGGUUUCUUUUAGGAAAAUCUGUCAUUAAAAAAAUUAUAGCCUUGCAAAUAACCACUCAUCGUAUUUGAGUCACAGUUUAUUUUAGUGAGACGUAAAGAGUGCUGACUUCAUUUAUUUUUCUACCUAUAUACCUACUGGAAAAAGGGGAAGACUAAUGUUUUAAAAAGAAAAACAGAAACCUAACA